UUUAUUUCUUAUUUCGUAUGAUAAAAGAGAAAGUGUCAAUAUAAUUCUCUUUUUUUUGUUAAACUAGGACCGUCUACACGGUAGUUUUGUUAGUGUUAUCACGUCUGAUUUUGUAUGAUUAGGGAGAGAAUAAAAUGGUCUCGUGGUUAACGUGCCGGCAAGUUUUAGACUUGGUCCGUCGUACAUCCAUGAGCAUAUAUAUGUAUGUAUGAUAGUUCCUUUUUUUAUUAGAGAGGAAAUAAAAUUAUCUCGUGGUUAGCGUGCCGGCGAGUUUUUUUUUAAUUUCGUCCGUACAGCCUGAGUACCAGUAUUGGUGUGGGAGAUCUUGGCAAUUUUUUUAAAAAGAAACUCAUUUCAUGUGAAUGGAGUAACUGUGAUGUUACAAAUGCGAAUUUUCUAAUGGUUGACGUGCCAGCGAGUUUUAUCUUUGAACUCGGUUCCUCGUACAACCGGUCACUUAAACAUUUGCAAUACUGCUGCUACCUUUUUUUUAGUUUCUUACCAUUUCUUUCGUUUCUUUGUUUUACACGGAAGUAAGAAUCCUUCGACGCAAGUAGUGGCUUGCAAGGCCUAGGUACUAUAACUGUAACUUUCUUUCUCUCUAUAUUUUUUUUUAUCUCCUUGCGGUUUAAUGAUUUAAAAUGUAUAUAUUUAGAUGGAGUUUGGUGGACUUAUCAUUUCGCCAUUUCAGCUCAAAUUAUCUGAAUUAGCUAAGAAGCGUCUGUGUGAACCAGAAAACAGAUGACUCAGUUAACCCUAAACUUGGCAAGUCAACUGCAAGAGUAGGAAGAUUGGAUCCUUCAGAACUCGGGUGACACUCUGAAAAUUUUUUUGAAGCUUUAAGUUAUCAUCCGCCAGCGCCCCAGCCAAGAGUUGAUUUAGAAUGUGCUUUAGGGACUAGAAUGGAGUGACGACAGUUAGGGUGGGAGCAUCAUAAUAUCCCGCAUGUCAGACGGCCAAAUGGUUAUAUUGAAUGGGGGGCUGAGGUUAUUGAUCGUCACACUUUUAAUCUGAAAGGGGGUGAGGACCAUACAGACUAUAUCUGCGACGCUAUAUAUGUCUCCCUCUGUGACUAUGAUGUCUGCCCUAAUUUACUUUAGCCUUUCUUAGAAAAAUGGAGUCACCAAACAAACACUUUCCUAUUCUCGUGUGGUGAACGUACGAUCACCUUACUUGACAUGCUUCUUAUGGCCGGGCAACCUAUCGCCGGAGAUCUUUAUGAAGAAUAUAUUCCUCCACUCAAUAAAUUAGACCCUCAAUUGCUUUUGUACCCGAACUUCUUAUCCAAUCUUUUGCAAAAGUGAUGAAAAAUUGGUAUCCUUCGAGGCUUGGUGUGACCAUUUCCACAACCAACGUGAAAAACCCUUAAAUUUCACUAGUAUGCGCGACAGUCGCAUGUAUCUUGCAGCGUUCAUUGCGAUAUGGUUGUGUAGUUUUGUCAUUGUCGGCGGUGGACAAUACAUUCGUUCGGGCGUUCUUGUCAUGGCGUCUUGGAUCGCCAUAGGACGAAAAAUUUCACUCGCUCCGCCAGCAUUAUCCUCUUUGUAUUUUUAUCUCCGGGCUAUCAGUAGGCAUCCUGUUGGGCCUACAUUUUGCAAGCAGCCUUGGGCGAUCCAUUAUAUUAUAGGGUGGAUGUAUCUCUAUUUAAAGAAUACGUUUGGGCCAAAGGUGAAGGGAACCAUCUACCCUCUCCUAGGAUCUUGCCUAUGCAACCAACCAUGCUAUAAACAAUGCGUAGGCCUCCAAUUGAAUUUACGCCUGAGCUGGCUCAUGAAUACCUUGAGAAUGUUCAAAAAAUCGCUUGGUGCCCUUAUUCCUCGCGUAACCUAUCGAGAGUAGAUACGCUACAAAGGGCAUACAAGAUUUCCAUCCAAUGGGCUAUUCUUCCAUGGAGGUUCUUAUAUCAGAACAGUAGUAGAUGUGUAGUCGAGCCAUACCAUCCAGACUGUGUGGCUUGCCAGCUUAAGUUAGACCAACAGAUACCGUUUAAUCCUUUGAAAUCUUUAUGGACUGGAACGGAUGUUGGCGUAGCAUACACAUACUGGUCGCAUUUAUUUAUCCCAAUUCAAGAGGGCAUUCAUCAUCCUCUCAACAGUACUUAUGAGGAAAAAUUUGAUGUGGCGUGGACUAGAUGGUGGAAAAAGUUUUCGCAACCGUUUGCUCUUAUUUUGGGUGACCUUAAGUCUGAUAGUCUAUAUGGGGGAAUAUCAUAUGCUGAUAGGAAAGAGGCAUUCAAGAAAAAGAAAAAAACUUUUAUGGUCCCUCGCGAGCUCUCCGAGUCAGAUUUUGUUAUAAUAAAAGAAGUGCCAGCAGACCGUCAAGAGGAAUAUAUCGCUGUCAUUGACGCAAAGGAGAAAAAGCAAGAAGAUCAUUGGAAUCCUAUUUUAGCUACCCUCCUUUCAGACGAUGAACCUUCUAUGGCCCCUCAACGUAAGCGGAAAGAUAAAGAUGUUGUCAUUGGCUCUUCCUCUAAUCCCUUGACUCCAACGGAUAUGCCAGUUGGUGUUAACCUUUCAAUUACUAAGCCAAAGGAACCAUGUACCAAUGAAGUUAUUUCUUCUGAUGAGGAGGCAAGGCCUAUUUCUAAAAGAAAACUUGAUUUUGCCAACGAUGACAAUACUUCCAGUCCUAUAAAAGUAAAUGGCCCUUUGUACGUACAUGAUGAUCUCAGUUGCACAUUGUAAAACACAUAGAUAGAUGUCGGUAUAGGUUUCAGUUAUACCCAGGAGACCGACCGGUAUAAGGUAUAAGACUGAUUUGGUAGUUAGUUAGUUAGGAUACUAGAGGAUAUCUUAUCUCUAUCUUAGACCUCUAUCUUAACUUAUUCUCCAAGGUUGUUAUCUCUUGUAACUACCGACUUGUAUACGCUAUCAGGGAGGUGCGCCCCUGCUAUAUUAACACGCACGGCGUCACCUGAGAAGGUAUGAUGCUUUCCGCCCA